AUGCGACUCUUCCACUUUGUCAACACCACGCAUGAGCAAACGGAGCACUCAGACAAGACCUGCCCCGCAGUGACGAUCGCAGAGCAAGAGUAUGGAAAUGGCAGUCUAGACAUCAAUGCAGACUGCGCACUGUAUACAUGGCCCUCGGCAGUUGUGCUAGCACAGUAUAUCUGGCAAACAAGCUGGACAAGAAGCUUCAACAAUCUCCGAUCAGAGCAAUCCACCAAUCCACCCGUCUUCUGGGAGCUAGGAUGUGGUACUGGUCUUCCAAGCAUACUAGCCGCUCUGCUUGGAGCGCGCGUACUCCUCACCGAUCGUCGAAACAUUGCGCCUGCCGUCGUGGCAACUCUGGAGCGAACUUGCGCUGCAAAUCGAAUCACGCUCCAACACCUGUCUGAUCAGGAGACCUUGACAAUUGCGCCAAACACGCACAGGCCCUGUGUGACAUUUGCAGAGUUGGAAUGGGCGUCCUUUCCACCCUGGUUGUCGCGCGCGACAACACCACCCGAUGUACUGCUUGCCUCGGACUGUCUGUAUGAUCCCGUCUUAUUCGAUGACUUUCUUUGCUCCGCCUCCGCUAUCCUGGAGUCUUACCCUCAUGCCCAGCUGUGGUGUGCGUACGAAAAUCGCAGCGACGCGCGAGAUGUCGUCGCUUUGUGCCGAAAGUGGAAUCUGCAGGUCAUUCAAACGCUAGAUGCGGUUUCUCUUCUUGAGGGAACGCCAAACGAAUCGUUCAGCCUCCCGAAUCCCAUUCAAAUAUUCAUCAUCGCCUUCCAAUCCUGA